UUCGGAUCACUUUUCUCUAUACCGGUAUGAAAACGUACUAUGUUACACGGCAGUUUACGAAAACGAUGAAAAUGAUAUGAAGACUGCAUAAGGAAUGCUGAGAUAAUAACAUGUAUAAACUAGAAGACAAACGUGAUGGAAGUAAAUUUUUUCAACUGCUUAAAGAUGCUGGAUAUUAUGUUCAUAAAUAUAAAGACGAAUUAUUGACGGCUAGGAAUUAUUUUUUUCUUUGUCUUUAUCUCGGCUACUAUGGCUACGCUAUGUCAUGUAACUUUAAAGAUGAUGCCGCUAUUUGUCUUACAGUAUUCACUGUAUUUGGAAUGGUUUAUAUUAUAAUUCAAAGGCUGACAAAGACGGAGUUUUGGGGGCGGACUUGGAAAGCUUUGCGAAAACAGUUUUGCCAAAUGUAUAAUUAUGGUCGUACACCAAAGAUAAUUCGAUGGUUUUUCAUCGUCGCCUGGAGUUUAGGGUUUUUUGCGUAUUUGAUUAUAAAUGUAGCUUUGAAGGAUGCAAACAGUUUACGAUCAUUGGCAGGGAUGGCGGUCUAUUUAUUGUUACUCGUUUUACUAUCCAAUAACAGGAGGAGGAUCAACUGGAAUUGCGUUUUUUACGGAAUCAUUCUCCAGUGUUUGUUUGGACUCUUUGUCAUCAGAACAACAGCAGGCUCUACUAUAUUAGUAUGGUUUUCUGACCGUAUAAUAGAGUUCAUGGGUUAUGCUGACGUUGGUUCCGAGUUUGUCUUUGGUGCUGAAUUUGUUAACCACAGAUUUGCCAUGCAGACAAUGCCUGCCGUCAUUGUAUUUGUAGCAGUAAUUCAAGUGCUAAUGCAUCUUGGAGUUAUUCAAUUCGUUGUACGGCUGAUCGGAACUCCAGUGGCGUACCUACUUGAUGUCUCUGCUCCAGAAGCAAUGAACGCGUGUGCAAAUAUACUUUUGGGAGGGGCGGAAGCGGGAGCAAUCAUUUACGAGUAUUUGUUCACUAUGCCGACGUCACGAUUGUUUGCUAUAAAUGUUGGAGGUCUCUCAUCCGUUGCCGGAACAGCGCUGAUUCAAUAUAUAGCAUUUGGAGUUCCAGUAAAGUAUUUAUUAGCAGCAUCAGCCAUGUCAGCACCCGCAGCAUUAGUUUGUGCUAAAAUUGUCUACCCUGAUACAGAUGUCAAAAUAACGGACAUUAACAUGCAAGAAAUUGAACUUGAUGUAACGACGCAAACCGAAAUUUUUGAUAAAGACUUAACAACAAAAGAUCAAAGUCCUGUGAAAGAAAAGGAAAGUGGAGUUUUGAAUGAAGAUGAGACUGCAAAUAUUCCAGUGAAGACUAUGAAAACAGAUAUUAAGUCUGAUCUAUUUCAACCAAGAAGCGUUGGUGAAGCACUUGUACUUGGUACAACGAAUGGAAUGAAACUUGCUACAAGUAUAAUUGGCAUUCUGAUUGUCUCACUCGCAUUAUUAGAACUCACAAACAGCACCGUAAAAUGGUUUGGUGAUAGAGUGAACAUUGACAUUUCAUUGAAUCUGAUUUUAUCGUACCUUUUUUAUCCAUUCGUUUACCUGAUGGGUGUCGAUGCAGAAGAUUGUCUACGAGCCGGCGAAUAUCUUGGACUUCGAACAUUGUCUAGUCCAGGAGUUCCGUAUAUCUACGUUGGUCAGUUAAUAAGAAAUAGAGAACGAUUAGAAGAAUUUACAGCGACCUUUAAUCUGUCAAUAGAGUAUGACAGGACAAAAGACAUCUUACUUCCAUACUGGAAUGAGACAUUGGUUGGCGGUAUAUUUUCGGAACGAUCUGAAUUAAUAAUUACAUACGCAUUAUGCGGUUUUGCAUCAGUUCCUACAGUUGGAGUGGCAUUUGGGUUGAUUACUGCAUUUGUUCCUCAUAGACUUGACGAGUUAUCUAAACUGGCAGUUAAGCUAUUGAUAACUGGCACAAUUGCAAGUUAUCUGACCGCCUGUGUAGCAGGACUGUUAUCAUAGAAGUACAAGCUUGUGAAAGACUAUGAGGGCACAAUAUGUGUUAAUAUUCGGAUGAAAAGAACAUAUAUGUCAGAUCCAUAUCAUAAUCAGUAAAAUAAAAUUAUUCUAUGGUCUGAUACAAAGUUUAUGGUAAAGACUGUUAGUUGUUUUUAUCACAUUUAAGAAAACAAUUUAUUCAUGACAAAGGUGUUUCAUCUCGAUCUCAUUCAAUUUCUUUUUAACCAGAUAGUUUUCAAUGGAAAAACUACGAAGUCAAAUUUAACAAAAUUCCAAAGAAGAAUCACGUAAAUUGUUGUCUACUUUUAUUUUCUAAUUCGUUUGGUACAUGCACAGUUAUGUAACAUUUAGAUAAGAUUAUUGAUGAUUUAUAUCAUUCUUACUUUUUUUCUAAGAAUUCAAUACAUCAAUGCAUCUGGCUACAAGUACGGAAAUUCUGGUUCAUUUUCAAGUUUUUAUAUACGCAGCAAUUUAUGUUCACUUUAGAACGGUACAAUAUUAAUAAUUUGAUAUGUUUUGAAAUAAUUAGAGUAUAUAUCAACACUGUGAAGCCUUAAAGAGCAAAUGAUCAUCCUCAUUUAAAAUGAAUUUUGCAUUACUUUGGAACGUUUACUACACGACAUUCAGCAAUUUAGAACUAACGCUUUAUAGUCUAAUUAAGGACAAGCUGCGAUUGUCAAUAGAAAAGGACAUAAACACAGGGCUUUAACGACUUACAACAAAUUACAAGAGAAACAAUUGUAAUUAACGCGGACAUUAUGUCUACAUCGUUUCCUCUAUAAAUCUAGAUAACAAUACGAACCGAUCAAUGAAGCUGGUGAAAGUGUUGCCAAUUUAAAAUGUUUAGAUUUUACAAAUAGAUGUAAAUAUAUUUGUUUAAUGUUUGCAAGAUAGUAUGCGUCUUAAAACUUUUAUUAAUUGCGAACAUAAUUUGCAUGACUGUGUUAAUUGAAAAUUAUAUCUUUUUUCUUUCUUUUAUAACAAAAACAUAUAUUAGUUGAAAUAUAAAUUGUGAUAAAUGUUA